AUGGGAGCAUCCGCCGUCCUACUGCUGCUUGAAAAGAUGGAUUUCACACAAGUACCGCCAUCGUACAUCCUCGGGGUGCUGCUGAGCAGUACAAGUAUCCUGUUCUGUUUGAAGUAUCUUCUGCGCUCAGGAUAUCGGCCACCUGAGCUACCCAGCGGACCCACCACGGUACCUCUGUUUGGAAACGAACUUCAAGUCCCAAAGGCAGACGCGCAUUUUCAGUUCACCAAAUGGGCGAAGCAAUAUGGGGGGAUGUUCAGCCUCAAACGAUACAUGAACACCACCAUCGUCAUCACAGACCGGAAGCUCAUGAAGUCCCUGCUAGACAAGAAGAGCAACAUAUACUCCCAUCGACCGGCGUCACUCGUCUCGCACCUAAUCACACAGAGCGACCAUCUCCUCGUCAUGCAAUACGGAGAGGAAUGGCGCAUGCUCCGCAAGAUCAUCCACCAGUACUUCAUGGAACCCAACUGCGAGCGCGAGCACUGGAAAGUCCAAGAAGCAGAGGCCAAGCAGAUGCUGCACGACUUUCUGACCAUGCCCGAGGACCACAUGCUGCAUCCCAAGCGGUACAGCAACAGCAUCACCAACUCGCUGGUGUUCGGCAUCCGCACCGCCACCGUGCACGACGAGUACAUGGACGAACUCUUCUACCUGAUGGAUAAAUGGUCCCUGGUGCAGGAGCUCGGCGCCACGCCGCCGGUGGACUCCUUUGGCCUGCUGCGGAUCCUCCCGCAGUGGAUGCUCGGGAACUGGAAGAAUCGGGCCGUGGAGGUGGGAGACUUGAUGCAGGCGCUCUACAGCAAGGUGCUCGAUCAGGUCCGGGCGAGACGGCAGCGAGGCGUCUACCGAGAUUCAUUCAUGGAUCGGGUGCUGGAUAAUCUGGAGAAGACGCCGCUCACCGAGAACCAGCUGCGGUUUCUGGGCGGCGUGCUGAUGGAGGGCGGGUCGGAUACGUCGUCCUCGUUGAUCCUGACGAUCAUCCAGGCCAUGACCAAGUACCCCGAGGUGCAGGCGAAGGCCCAUGCUCAAAUCGACGCCGUAGUUGGAUCCGAGCGAUCCCCAAGCUGGUCCGACUUUGCCCAACUACCCUACAUCAACAUGAUCAUCAAGGAAUCCCACCGCUGGCGUCCAGUCAGCCCUCUGGGCGUUCCACACGCCGUCGCUGAAGACGACCGCGUCAACAACACCCUCAUCCCCAAAGGCUCCACCAUCGUGCUUAACGUCUGGGGCAUGCACCACGACCCCGACCGCUGGUCCGAACCGGAGCACUUCCAGCCCGACCGCUUCGCAGACUAUCCUGCGCUCGCCUCCACGUACGCGGCGUCCGGCGAGUGGGACAAGCGCGACCACUACGGCUACGGCGCGGGCCGGCGGAUCUGUCCGGGCAUCCACCUCGCCGAGCGCAAUCUGUUCAUUGGGGUGGCGAAGCUGCUGUGGGCGUUUGAGUUUAGUGAGCCCUUGGGCAGCCGGAGUGAUAUUUCGGCUGAGUCCGGGGCGAGCCAGGGGUUCUUGCACUGUCCCAAGGACUAUGGGUGUGCGAUCCGGCUGCGGGCGCCGGAGAAGCGCGAGACAAUCAUGCGCGAGUUCGAGGAGGCCCAGGGGGUGUUUAGCCGGUUUGAUUAG